AUGGCCUUCUGGGCGAGGGCGUUGUCGACCUCUCCCAGACGCACUUUUCCAGAGCGAUUCGGGUACAAGCGGUACAAGGUGAAGAAGAUCAUUCUCCUCGUCCGCAACCCCUUCGACACGCUCGACUCCUACUUUAACAUGGUGCUGACGUCAUCGCACACGAAGAGCCUGGACGAGAGCGAGUACGAGCGGCUGCAGCGCGAGUGGGACCAGCUGGUGCGACGCGAGAUUCAGGUGUGGACCAAGUUCUACGAGUACUACCUCUUCGUGGCGCGCAGCAGCGGCGUACCGCUCAAGGUGGUGCGCUACGAGGACCUCAUGACCCGCCGGUGGCACACCAUGCGGGGCCUCAUCUGCUUCCUCUACGACCUCAAGUCGCUCAAGGGCACCGUCUACGACGAGCGCAUCCAAGCCCUCGCCACCCACGAACUCACACAAAGUCAUCAGGCGUACAAGCCGAGGAAGGGCAAGGUGGACCACUCGCUGGCGCACUUCUCCGAGGAGCAGAAGUCGUUCAUCUUGAAGCUCACGCGCGAUGUGCUCUGCUACUUUGGCUACUCCAAAUACCUGGACCUCCUCCGCGCGCCCUCGCCCUCGCCGUCGCCGUCGCCAGCGGCCGUGGGCGGCAGCGAACCGACGGUCGCUCCGGACCUAACGCAAAAGAACGAAAGCGGAGGCAAAAGCGAAAGCGAAAGCGAAGACCCAGAGCGAAAGGAGAAGAGGCGGACGGAAAAGGAGGAGAUCGUGGCGUACAUCCUCAAGAACUACCAGGACAGCCGAAUCUAUCUCACGCCUGGCCUUCUCCACGUCAACUUUGGUUUGCCGCUGCGGGAGGUGAGUCCGACGGAUCCGUUCGGGCGUGGCAUGAGUUGGAAGAAGGAGGUGCUUGCGCUCAAGCCCGUCGCCCUCGAGCAGCCCACGAACAACGAACAAUAA